AUGACAGUUGACACUAUUUGGAAAUCAUUGCCUAUUACUGAAGUUGAAGUUAAUUUGCAAAAAGUGUUGAGAUGUGGACAAACAUUUCGGUGGAAAAAUAUAAAUAAUGUAUGGUCUUUUACUAUAAAGGACCGGAUUGUUUUAUUAAAACAAGAUUCAACUCACAUCUAUUAUUCUCAUGUUAUGAAAAAAGAUACUAAUGGAAAUCAUAAACAGACAUUAGAUUUUGUUAAUGACUACUUUGUUUUGGACACCAAAUUAACGGAUUUGUAUGCACAUUGGAAAUUACAACAUGAACCGUUCCGAUCUAAAAAAGUGUCUCCCUUUGAUUCCUUUGCCGGUAUACGAAUUCUUCGACAAGGUCCUUGGGAAUGUCUUAUUUCAUUUAUUUGUUCGUCAAACAAUAAUGUGAAGAGAAUUUCCAAAAUGUGUGAGAAUUUGUGUAUUAAUUUUGGAGAAUAUAUCAAUGAAUUUGAAGGUCAUGAAUAUUAUACUUUUCCUACCCCAGAGGCAUUGUCCCAACCCGAUGUGGAACCAAAACUACGUGAUUUGGGAUUUGGAUAUCGUGCCAAGUAUAUUUAUCAAACAGCAUGUAAAUUCACUGACAAUAACAAGUAUCCUGAUAUUACUAUUGAAAACUUGAAUCUGUUAAGGGAAGCCAAGUAUACAACGGCCCAUGAGUUUUUACUACAGUUAACUGGUGUUGGACCUAAAGUUGCUGAUUGCAUUUGUCUUAUGUCUUUGGAUAAACAUGAUGUUGUCCCAAUAGAUACUCAUGUGUAUCAAAUUGCUGUACGUGAUUACAAGUUCAAGGGAAAUAAAUCUAUGAAAACUUUAAGCAAAGAAACCUAUGCUGCCAUUAGAUUAUUCUUCAAAGAUAUUUUUGGCGAUUAUGCUGGUUGGGCUCAGUCUGUUUUGUUUGCUGCAGAUUUGGCAGAUUUGAAUAAUGGAACAAAUAUAACUAAUAGCACAAUUUCAGAUCAAAUAGAGCCAUCCCGGAAAAGAAUAAAGGUAGAAAGACAAAUCAAAGUCGAGAGUUAG